AUGACAUCCAAGGUAUUCUUACGACCUGCUCUAGCUGUGAUGGGUGUCCUUGCAACAUCGAAAUCUCCACUAUUGAACCCAGAUCGGAACAUCCCUUUGAAUAAAAUCCUUCGCUGGACGGUUUACAAUCACUUUUGUGCCGGGGUGAAUAAAACAGAAGUUUCCAAGACUGUGGCAGACGUUAAAAAGAUGGGAUACCAGGGCGUCAUCUUGGGGUAUUCGAAAGAGAUAGUGUUGAAUCAUGAUGAAAAGCUUUCAGCCGAUGAGUCUGGCAAAGCACAAUAUAGCGACAAGUGCUAUCAGAUGAUUGAGGAGUGGAAGGAAGGAACAUUGGAGACACUGCGCAUGGUUGGGCCGGGUGACUUCCUUGCCGUGAAAUUGACAGGUGCUGGACCUAUUUCAGUGGAUGCGAUGGCAGCACGCCAGCCCAUGCCAGAGGCUAUGAUCAAAGCUGUGGAUGAGAUUUGCUUUGAGACAGAAAAGCAGGGCUCACGUCUCUGGUUGGAUGCAGAGCAACAAGUCUUGCAAAAGGGCCUUGAUGACUGGGCCAUUGAAACGAUGCGCAAGCAUAACAAAUCGCAAACACCAAUUAUUUAUAACACUAUCCAGGGCUAUCUCAAGGGAUCAAAGGCGAAUCUUGACCACCAUCUUGCCUUGGCUGCACAAGAGGGCUGGUCUCUGGGUAUCAAGUUGGUCCGAGGGGCAUAUAUUGAGCAUGAGACACGCUCUCUCAUACAUGAUACCCAGGCCGAUACGGACCGGUCAUACGAUAUGAUCGCAGAAACCAUGCUUUGCCGAAGAAUGCCUGCUGGGAAGGAGAACCUUCCAUUCCCCAACGCCGCUCUUUUCCUCGCCACCCACAACGCCGCUAGUGCAACCAAAGCGAUUGCCACACACCAGCACAGGCUUCUCACCAACCAACCUACAGUCAUGCUAGAAUGUGGACAAAUCCAAGGCAUGGCUGACGAACUCAGUUGUGAACUGGUGCAAAACUACGAACGUGCCCUCGAACAAUCUUCUGCUGCUAACUUGACUGUGCCAAAGGCUUUCAAGUGUAUGGCUUGGGGCUCAGUUGCGGAGUGCAUGGGUUAUCUGCACCGUCGAGCAAUCGAGAAUCGCGGGGCAGUGGAACGAACACAACACAUGCUGACGGCAUUGCGUCAAAGCUGUGAGCGAUGUCGAUCAAUGAAGGUCAAAUGCUCGGGCGUCAGUCCUUGCACAAGAUGUGCGCGGAAGAAGAAACAUUGUCACUUUCCGGUGGAGGAGGUGCGGGUCUCUGUGUCGGAACGGUACUUGCGAGAACUAGAAGAGCACAUAUCCAGAAGCGGAAGUUCGACACGACAUGGACACCCGGCCCCUCUUGAUCGCAGUCCUUUAGGAGGCACAAUAUUUACAGCUGAUGAGAAUAUUGAUGUUCCUCCGACCCCUCAAGCAUCUAGCACACUGCUAGACAAUCAAGCAGACAUUGGAUGGCGUUCAAUCCCAAUUGGAAUGGGACCACCCCUGCAUACCCCAGGGUCCCCUCACAGAGAGAACGAGACUGAUGGUGGCGCCGAAGAAGACAAUCACCGAUCAAGAUUCUCUCGGAAUCCUUUGGUUGAUCGGGAUCCAUCAUUUGCCCAGACACCGGAUGGCCGAUUUUGGUACAUGGGGCCUACAUCGUCGUGGUCCUUUUGUCGUCGUGUACUUGCUUUAAUAGGGAGAAAGGUACCUGAAUCAAAUUGUCCCCCAGAUCCAUUUCAUAUUGAUGGCAUGGCUUUCAAGUUGAACUGGCGACCAUAUCCUCCAGAUGAAGUACCUGAUGUCACUAAUCUGCCACCGUUGGACUAUGCACUCUUCUUAUUCAACACAGUCAAGUUCUAUUUUGGCUUUCUUUCUUUUAUGAUUGAUGAACAUGCUUAUUUGCAGGACCUGCAUGAAUUCUACCGGGAUCCAUCAGCGAAAGCUGCUUCCAAUAGACCUUGGUACUGUCAAUACUUACUUGUUCUCGCCUUUGGAAAAGCGUUCUUGACACAGAAGAACCAUUCUGGGACACCGCCUGGCCAUCAAUACGCAUCUCGAGCGAUGGCUCUAUUGCCUGAUUUGUCAGGAGUUGACGAAGAUCCCUUGGGCUGUAUCCAAGCACUCAGUCUAGGGGCAGUGUAUCUUCAGUCAAUAGAUAUGAGAAGAGCCGCGUUUCAGCAUAUUGGACAGGCGUUACGAGGCUGUAUCAUCGAAGGAAUACACAGGCAUGUACCUGAAGAGAUAUGUGGACCAGAGCUCUCCAAACGAUGCAGAACGAUCUUUUGGGUGGUUUAUAUGUUAGACCGGGAAUUCUCCGCUUUAAUUGGUGCACCGAGCUCGAUUAGAGAUGAAGAUAUCACGGUUAGAUUGCCAGCAGAGAUGGAUGAUUCAGUAGAGCAUGUCAAUUUGACAUUGCAUGUUCGGCUUGCACGGCUCAUGGCCACUAUUCUGACAACCGUCUACGGCGUUGGAAAUGAUUUUGAUGACACGCUCAUUCGAAGUACACAGUCCAUUCUUCAUAGCAUUGCUGACCUUUCAUAUGACCUGACUGCCUUUUUAAAUACCCAUUUCCAUGGAUUAAUUAGCCGUGCUUCGAAGAUGGCGAUCCGAUUGAUGCUGGCUCAUCAUCAUUGUGUGGUACUUACAACACGGCCGCUAGUGAUGUGCGCACUUCACAUGCAUAUUGAACGAACAGAACGACAAAAAUCUCAGACGAUCGUUUUAGCACCACCUGUUGCAUCCCUGUUGCAAUGCUGCGCCGAUUCAGCGCAGACUAUUCUCCAGACUCUUCGUACUUUAGCUGACGAUGACCUGCUGGACGCCUUCUUACCAUUCCAAGUCGAAGACGCGUCGUCCUCUGCGUUUGUUCUCUACCUGAUCCGUGCAAUUGCCCCAUCAGUGAUCUCAAACGACACGUGGUGCGACAAUCUGGCCCUCGUACUCGAUAAACUCAUUUCAAAGGGUAACUUAGCUGCACCGCUUCGCAGGCUUGAACUCAGGCAAUUGGAACAAAUACUCGCACCUAUAACACCAAAAUUGGCAAAUCACCAGUUGCCGCAAGUCAAUCUGGAUGAAGGCAAUGAAAUUAAUGAAGAACCUUACGCCUUCGAUCAAGAAGAGUUUGAGUGGGAUCUACUGGGACUUCAUUCAUCCGUCAGUAUUGCUCCGCGAGAGUUAUUGGACCUUGCAGAUCAAUUAGAUGUGGAGGGGAUCAUGCAAUCUGUCGGGGUUUGA